UGUACCAGUGUAUUACCUAUUGCGUUGAAGAAUAUAAGGUAAUGCUGUAGCGUACUUCAUCUUCAGUUUACGAGAGACAGUUGCAGUGAUGGUUGCUCUUAAAUGAAGGUAAAAAUAAAAUCCUGGACUGGAGUAGCAACCUGGAGAUGGGUUGCUAACGAUGAUAGUUGUGGGAUUUGUCGCAUGCCUUUCGACGGGUGCUGUUCAGAUUGUCGACUUCCAGGUGAUGACUGCCCACUGGUUUGGGGUCAGUGCUCCCACUGCUUUCAUAUCCAUUGCAUUAUGAAAUGGUUACAAUCACAGCAGCUCCACCAGCAGUGCCCAAUGUGUCGUCAAGAAUGGAAGUUCAAGGAGUGAUUUGUUGACUGAGAUGUUAGUUACUCUAUGCUGCUGCUUGCUGUGUGUAUAAACUGAAGUGUAUUUUACUGUACUAUUGCAUACUGUUACAUUUUUAAGUGAUCCUUUCUUUACUACAUGUGUACACAUUUUCAGUCAUUAUGGGUCAAAAAAAGCAAAAACGAACGUCAUCUCCAUCCCCUUCUCCAGAGAGAAGACAUUCACAUAGUUAUCAUCGCAAGGAGAAACACAAGAAUAAGUGUAAGAGACGUCAUGCCUCACAUGAUAGAAAGCGUAAGAGACAUCGAAAGACUUACACCAGUUCGGAGUCAAGAAGUUCAAGCUCAGAUUCAUCACCACAGUCAAGUUCAAACUCAGGUACAGACUCAUCUUACAAAUUGUCUAGGAAGAGAAAUGAAGGGAAGAAUGAAUUUUGCAGACAAGAACCAAUGGAUGGAGGUAGAUCAAGAAUAGAGUCCAGCAGAUCAAAGCCUCUUUCCCUAAACCAGUAUUCUGGUACCAGACAUAUGCUCCCUGUGAAAGUAAGCAGUGAUAGUGAAAGUGACAGUGAGGCUGAAAGUAAGCAAGGUUGGGGGAAAGGCUUUAUUUCCAAAAGUAUUGAAGAACCAGAGCCAUCAACAUCAAGAACGAGGUGCUUGAGUGAGGACAGUGACACAGAUUCUGAGGAGGAAUUGAAGUUUAAUUGGGAAGAUCAUCGGUAUGAGCUGAACCAAAUGUUUUUCAGGGAUGAGGAUGUUAUCAAAAGGGGAACUGAAGAGUAUCAUGAUUUUUGGAAGUUCUUGAAAAAGUAUCAUGGACUGCAGAAACAGAAAAAGAUUAGGGACAUGUGUAAAGAUCACAAUGAAGAGAGAAGGGACUCCAAAGAAGGUCAGUUUGGCUCUGUAUAUCAGCUUCCUCUGAAAUUCAAUAAGAGAUACUGGGAUCAAUUUUUUGGUUCUUAAAAUCUUAAGGAUAUGACAUUUGACUUGCAAAAGCAAAACCGACUUCCCCCAAGAGAUUUGGAGGAUGGCAAAAAGAGAUUGUCCCGCAAGAAAAUCUUAGAAGCAAAGUUUAUCAUUCUUCUUUACUUAGAUUUUAUACAGAAACAAAGAUUUGAGAAGUAUAAAAAGUUACGUGAAUCCCAAGCUAACCUUCCCAUUGCUGCGUAUAAACAGGAAAUUGUGUCUGCAGUCAGAGAGAACAACGUUGUAAUUAUUGCAGGUGACACAGGAUGUGGUAAGUCCACUCAAGUUCCUCAGUACCUUCUAGCUGCUGGAUUUUCAAACAUUGCUUGCACUCAGCCUCGUCGGAUUGCUUGCAUUUCAUUAUCAAAGAGGGUUGCAUAUGAAACAUUGAAUGAAUUUGGAUCAAAAGUAGGUUAUCAAAUACGAUUUGAGAAGCACAAAACAGAACACACAAAAAUUGUAUUUCUGACUGAAGGACUUCUCUUAAGGCAAAUCUCAGUGGAUUCAUCCCUAUCUUUAUAUGAUGUGAUCAUUUUGGAUGAAAUUCACGAACGUCAUUUGCACACCGACUUCCUGUUGGGCGUCAUGAAAUGCCUUUUGUUGCAGCGUGACAGUAUCAAAAUUGUUCUGAUGUCUGCCACAAUUAAUAUAGAUCUUUUCCGCAACUACUUCAUGGGCCAGGCUCCUGUUAUUCAGGUCCCAGGACGGUUAUAUCCAAUAAAAUUACAGUAUUUCCCAAUUCCCUUUUUGGAGCAGGCAAGUAAGAGGGAAAAAAUCAACCCAGCUCCAUACAUUCGUGUUAUGCAGCUCAUUGAUAACAAGUAUCCAGAUGAUGAACGAGGAGAUAUGCUUGUCUUUCUAAGUGGCAUGAGUGAAAUAUCAACUGUUGUAGAGGCUGCAAAACUCUAUGCACAGCAAACCAACAGGUGGGUAGUCCUCCCACUACAUAGUACGCUGUCUGUCACAGAACAAGAAAAAGUGUUUGAUAUGGCUCCAGAGGGGGUUAGAAAGUGCAUAGUGUCCACUAACAUUGCUGAAACAUCGGUAACCAUUGAUGGUGUGCGAUUUGUUGUAGACUCUGGGAAAGUUAAAGAAAUGAGUUUUGAUGCUCUGUCAAAAAUGCAGAAACUGAAAGAGUUCUGGAUCAGUCAGGCUUCAGCAGAACAAAGGAAGGGACGCGCAGGUCGCACAGGCCCUGGGACUUGUUUCCGAUUAUAUUCAGAAGAAGAAUACAACUCUUUUGCCCAGUACAGUGCUCCGGAAAUCCAACGUGUACCUUUGGAUUCUCUUACAUUACAAAUGAUCUCAAUGGGUCUUCCGGAUGUUAGAUUAUUUCCAUUCAUUGAACCUCCAGCCCCUGAGAGUCUAGAGAAUUCUGUGAUUGCUUUGAAAACCCAGGGUGCUCUAACAGAUAUAGAAGGACUCACCACAAUAGGGAAACUCUUGUCUCAGCUCCCCAUGGAUGUCAGCUUAGGCAAGAUGUUAAUUAUGGGAUCACUUUUCCACCAGGUUGAUCCUGUCUUGUCUCUGGCAGCUGCCAUGAGUGUGCAGAGUCCUUUCACUAAUCGUGCUCAUCGGGACCCAGAGUGCUUGGCUGCAGUCAAAAAUAUGGAGUCAGACCACGGUGAUCCCUUUACUCUACUAGCUUCGUACAGGAUAUCCAGGGGCGAAGGGAUCGUUCGGUCUGGAGAGGACCACGGCGGCCAUGACGGAAGCGAAGAUGAUGACCUGAGGAGAUAUAUCAAUUUAGUCCUGUCAGAGGUCGCACUCUUCGCUGUCCUGUUGGUGGCAGUCUCCGCCCGCCCUAGCAACCCCUACCGAAACCCACCCUCGUACGAACCCGACACGCCAGCUAAGUACGAGUUUAAUUAUGCCGUGAAGGACGACUACUCUGGCAACGACUAUGCUCAUGCAGAGGCCCGUAAUGGAGACGACACCAGUGGGUCAUACCAGGUCCUACUUCCCGACGGGCGAGUCCAGACGGUAGAAUACACAGUCAGCAAGGACGGCGGCUUCCAAGCUAACGUGGUGGCAAAGGGAGUCAAGGCCUACGCCUAAAAUGACCUGGCUCAUUUCGUAAAGUUGCGCUUCAAUUAGGAAUAAUCCAUUCAUCAUUAGUACUCAUCUAUUGACAUUAUUGUUUUAUCUCCUUAUUUAUGAACGUGUAGCACUCUUUAAUUAUGUAUUUGAGGAAAAUAAAUGGAUGUAUUUGA